CAGGAGUGCCAGGCUGCACACCCCCAUGUGCUGCUCCUGGCCCCCCGUCCUCCCGCCUUCCCUAGGGCUGCCCAGGCACCGCUCCAGCACCCACCCGGCCUCCCUGUGUGAGACGGACGCCCAGAGCACCAUCUGUAUGCGCAAAAUGAUUGGGAAGAUAACCUGUAGCCUGGGAAAACAUGUGUCCACUGUGGCAUGUGGGACCACCCAUGUGAGAAGAUUUCUGCAUGGUGCUUAUGUCAGGAUUCAGCCCUCCAUACAGGAAGCCCUGAUGGAGGGAAGACCAGUUGUAGCCUUGGAAAGCACGAUCAUUACACAUGGCAUGGCCUAUCCUCAGAAUCUGAGCAUGGCCAGAGAGGUGGAAGAAGUUGUAACAACAAGCGGAGCAGUGCCAGCCACUGUAGGUAUUUUAAGGGGUCAAAUCCAUGUGGGACUCACAGACGAGCAACUUGAAUUCUUGGCAAGCAGUAAAAAUGUAACUAAAGUGUCUCGGAGAGAUCUUCCUUUCGUCCUCAGCCAGGGCUUGUCCGGUGGCACUACCGUGUCUGGAACAAUGAUUGCUGCACACAAAGCAGGAAUUCCUGUGUUUGUGACGGGUGGCAUAGGAGGUGUCCAUCGGGGAGGAGAGAGCACUCUGGAUGUGAGUGCUGACUUGACAGAGCUAGGACGAACUCCGGUUGCUGUUGUAUCUGCAGGAGUCAAAUCUAUCCUUGACAUUGGCAGGACACUGGAAUAUCUGGAGACACAGGGAGUCUGUGUGGCUGCUUUUGGAGAAUCAAGGGAGUUCCCAGCCUUCUUCUCAAGGCAGAGCGGCUUCCAGGCACCAUAUCACGUCCGGGACGAAGAGGAGGCAGCUGAACUCAUUGCCAGUGCUUUGGGGCUGGGCCUGAGCAGCGGGGUGCUGAUAGCAGUGCCCUGUCCCAAGGAGCGAGCUGCCUCAGGCCAGGUCAUCGAAGAAGCCAUCCAGCAAGCUCUCAGAGAAGCCAGGUCCAAAGGGAUCACAGGCAAAGAAUUGACCCCUUUUAUGUUACAGAGGCUCAAUGAAUUAACUGAUGGGAAAUCACUGGACUCCAACCUUGCUCUGAUCCAGAACAAUGCCAGAGUGGGCAGUGGUAUUGCGGUGGCCCUGAGCAAACUGCAGAAAGCCAGGAGGAAGAGGAACCUGCCUUGGCGAGAGGACACAACCCCACCCCAGCCAGUGGUGAUUGGAGGCAUCAACGUCGACUUUAUAGCCAAGGCACAGAACCCUGUCAUCCUGGGUGGUGGGCAAACAAAUGCUGGAAGAGUGAGACGAACCUUUGGCGGCGUUGGAAGAAACUUGGCAGACUGCUUAAGCCGUCUUGGACAGACUCCUCUCUUUUUAUCUGCCAUGGGGAAGGAUGAACAUUCAGAAUCCGUCCUACACUACUGUCACCACAUGGACAUGAGUGCCGUCCUUCAGCUGGAGGGGAAGAGCACAGCCACUUACUGUGCUGUGGUCACCAGUGCUGGGGAGCUCAGUGUCGGCUUGGGAGACAUGGACAUCCACCACCAGAUAACAGAGCAAUAUGUGUCCCAGUUCAAGGAGAACCUGUGCCAGGCCCCGCUAGUGUGCAUCGAUGGAAAUGUGCCUCUUCCCACUAUUCAGUAUGUCUGCCAACUAGCUAGAGAGCAUCAGCUAGCAGUGUGCUAUGAGCCAACAGAUGAGAACAAGGCCUCUAAGCCGUUCCUCUCAGACAGCUGGAAAGCGCUCACAUACAUUUCUCCCAACCUGCAAGAGCUAAGAGCAAUAAAUCGGACCCUCGGGAACCCUCUGCCAGCAGAGCUGCCAUCCAGGUUGGAGGAUAUUGUCCAGACUGCAAUGGCCUUGGCCUGCCCUUUGCUGUCCCACCUGCACUGUGUGAUUGUGACCCUUGGUGCUCACGGCAUCCUCCUGUGUGGCAAGAGCCUGGGAGGGAGCAUAUUGCUUCAUCCAGGAGCUUAUGAACAGGCUGCUGCUGCCAGCCUCUGCGCCACCCACUACCCCGCCAUCCACAUCAGCAGGGAGGAGAUAGUCAAUGUCUCAGGAGCCGGUGACAGCUUAAUGGCAGGGAUCCUCGCAGGGAUCCUUGCUAAGCAGGACACAGAUACCUGUGUCCGGAUGGGUCUGCUUGCUGCGAGCUUGUCCCUCCGUUCCUAUGAGCCCAUUUCCCCAGAAAUCAGCACUUCCAGUGUCAGCCAGGAGCAAGUCAAGAGCUGGAGCUGGCCAGUGGCGAAGGUAUGGAAGAUGGAUUAGAGCACCAUGGCACUAUGACCUAUCAACUCCUUUCACUCCCAACGCUGCUGUUUCCAGGAACUGGGCCAUGUUUUGAGCUCAAAAGCUGGCUGCUCACCAGAGAACUUAGACUUUCAGUGCACGCUACCAUUUGGGAGGUGAAGUGUCAGCAGAGUGCCUUUGGUGACAACUUGUGCUGCACUGUUCACAUUUAUGUUUGUCUGCUCUUUGUUGUUCUUUCCUCUGGUUUUUUUUUCUCUUUUUUGUUUUUAUUUGGUGGGUUGCAGCAACCACAGCUUGGUUCUUCUGCUGCCUGUCGAUACUAUAUCUCACCCCCCAUCUAAUGGGAACACUCAUCUGUUUUAGCCUUGAGUAAACCCCCUGGGAAGGAGGCCCCAACCCAGGGAGCUUCUUUGUAAACAAAAGCUGGUGUCUCGUCUUUCAGACCUCCUGCUUCCCUGAACCUCCAGUCCUAUACAGUUUCUACUGAGGGAAUUUUCCCUUCCUCCACCUGUGUCACUGUUGUCCAUUAUAACAGCAGCUCCUCUGUCAUCGACUCCCAGAUCUUCAGGACCAUGUCUCUUCAGGUGGCCCAGCAGCAGCAUCCUUUCUUGCUGCUUACUCUUGGUUUCUAUCCCAGAAGUCCCAUGGACCACAGCCUGUGGCAAGGUGCAGCUUGCAGGCACAACACUGUAAGACAACCUCAUCAGUCUUCCCAAGACAGCCAGCAAAUGCCACACUUUCUUGCUGUGAAUUCCAAUGUCCCUGGAGGAAGCAGGCAAGAUCAAUCAGAGGGGUAACCAGGGGCCAGCUGGUGGCCUUUGAAGGAUGGCUGCCCCUUGUUCCACACGCCUUCCUCUGAACUUGGGGCUUCCUGCCUUGUCAGCCCAGAGUGUGAAGUCUAAAUUAAGAGAGCAAGCCCCUCUCACUUCACCUCCGUUCCUGACCACUUGGCAAACCACUGGGGACUUGACAGAGGAGACUCCCCAUGCAUGGCUCUCCAGAGGCAUGCGGUGCUAGAGCACUGUGUGCUGGGACCAAAAUGUUCAGUUACACCUUCCCUUCUGUCCACAACAAGAAGUCUCCUGCUACCAUCACAGAAGCUCAGGCUAAGGAUAUUGUUUCCAGGGUGGUUUCACCAUCACGUCCAACUGUUGCCCCAGCACUGCCAAGGCCACCACUAAACCAUGUCACUGAGGGCCUCAUCU